UUUUCUCAUUCUUCUUCCCCCCAUGAUUAUAAGCACCAAUCUCGAGAAGAUAAAAGAAACAACCUCCCUCUUUCUUGUUUCAAACUCUCUUCCUUUUGGGCGGGUCUUCAGCAAAUUUUGUAUUUUUCUGUUUUUAAGGGACGUUUCUUUUGUUUCUUGUACUUGUGGGUUUUGUUUCUACUUGCUGCUGUUAGUGUGUCAUGUGUCACGCUUUUUCUUCUAACUAACUGUGGAAGCUUGUAACGACUGUAUCAUUAAUAAAACUCUCUGUUUUUUUCCUCUAUUGUUUAAGUGAUGGCUACUGAGGAGAAGCCUCUUGAUUCAAGCCAUGGUGAUUCUUCAAAUCAGAAGGCAGAAGGAUCCUCUGCUGCUGCUAUAACAGAAGAGACUUCUGUAAAUGUUCAACAAUGGAGGAGAAAGAAUCUAUCUCUGCAGAUACCUUCAAGAGCAACUGGUCUCUCUCUUGAAGACUCAGUUGUUAUCAAAAUGCCUCCAACUCCUAGUCCAACUCCAAGAAGAGUGAACUUCUCUUUGACUUCAACUUCUCCUGGUCCUGCUGCUUCCUCUACUGUUCUUCCGCGGGGAAAAUCUUCCCUGAAGAAUCUAAUCCCAAAAGUUGGCUGCAAACCAAAAACUGAUAUUGAAAAGGGACAAGUGGAUGUACCUUCUCCUUCUGCAUUGCAAGAGAAGCCUUCAAUCUCAAGAUCACUAUCACUUUCAAAGCUGUUUACUCCUAGGAUCAAGAGAACUUCAUCUCUACCUGUGACUCCCAUUGUUCUUUCAAAGUCAGAGUCAGCUCAUGGAGGAAGCAGUGCUGCUCCUCAAACUCCAAGUGUAAGCAAAGGAAGGGUGCAGAUAGCUAGAUCUCUCUCUGUCCCUAUUAAUGGCAAGGAAGCAAGCCUAAAGAGAGUGGAUUCUUUCUUCAGAGUAAUCCCUUCCACUCCUCGUGUAAAAGAAGGAGACGUUUUAUCAAAUGCAUCAGAGGCUGAUGGAGAAACAUGUGAUGGUGAUGGAGAAGACAUACCUGAGGAUGAAGCAGUUUGUAGGAUUUGUUUGGUGGAUCUUUGUGAAGGAGGAGAAACUUUGAAAAUGGAGUGUAGUUGCAAAGGAGAACUUGCUCUUGCUCACAAAGACUGUGCUCUUAAAUGGUUCACCAUAAAGGGUAACAAAACCUGUGAGGUGUGUAAACAAGAAGUUAAGAACUUACCUGUAACACUCCUACGGAUCCAAAGCAUUCGAAAUUCUGGUGUUCAUCAGCUUGAUGUAAAUGGUUACAGAGUUUGGCAGGAGGUUCCGGUUUUAGUAAUCAUCAGCAUGCUUGCUUACUUCUGCUUCCUUGAGCAGCUCCUGGUUGAGAAUAUGGGUACAGGUGCAAUAGCGAUAUCACUACCAUUUUCUUGUAUUCUUGGUCUUCUUGCAUCUAUGACUGCAUCAACCAUGGUAAUGAGAAGAUUUGUGUGGAUAUACGCAUCAGUUCAGUUUGCUUUGGUGGUUCUCUUCGCCCAUGUAUUUUAUACCCUGGUGAAGUUGCAACCAGUUCUGUCAGUUCUUUUGUCAACAUUUGCUGGAUUUGGUGUCUGCAUAUGUGGAAGUUCAGUGAUGGUUGAGUUUGUGAGAUGGAAACGUAGAUGGCAAGCCAGAAGGUUGGAGCAGGAGCUGAACCAUGCUCAAACGCUGGAUGCAACAACCUCUCAGCAUCAUCUAAAUGCUUCGUAGAGGCAAAAAUGUGGAAAGAUGAAUCUUCAUUAGUUGGUUAAUGGUUGUGUAUGAUUUGUAUAAGAAAAGUGGAAAGACUGUUGUUUCGCUUGUCUUUGCUUUCUUUAAACAUACAACCGUUGUAUUGUUAGUAAGGUUUGUAACUUUCCCAAUCUCUACAAAUGAAAUGUUUGCAGUAGUAUUAGGUUUAUAUUUUUCAUUUAUUAUUCAUCUUUUCUGUUCCUUGGUUGUGUUACCAUAUACUUAAGGUUUGACAGUUCAACAAGCUGGCCUUUGAAACCAGAUUCAAGACUCUGAAACUAAUAUAACUUGA